CUCAGUCUUGUUUACCACUUACAAGCAUGAAAGGGUUAAGAAGAACCUUGCACAAACUUCGAUGUGUGAUGAGCUGGCAGUCUCCCUCCCUUCCCUCCUCGCCUGCUGCCAAGAAGCAGCAGCGCUGGAGUGCUGUGAUCCUCUCUGCUCUGACUGUUGCCUACUGCUGCUGAGGGAGGGAACUGCUGGCUUUUGCUGUUUCCAACCAAGCAGUGAAGCACACAAAGAGAAAUCUGUUUGUCUUCUACUGCCUACGAAGAACAGAGCACUAACUCUGGUGCUGUUGAGUCAGAUUGUAGAUUGACAGCAAGACUUGGAAUAAGAGCUAUACUUGACAUUAAAACCACAUGAAUUCAAGAGCAAAGGAGAAGAUAGUGCAUUUGGCAAAUCUGUUACUAAAAAGACAAGAUCCUGAAUCCAUCAGUAAGACAGCAAAUAUUUUUUGUACUAAUCCCACUACCUAGGAGGAGAUAUUCCUUGAUACAUCACCAGCAAGAUCAUGGUCUGAACCAGCUGCUCUAGUGCCUAAUCCCAAAACUCCUGCUUCUGAAAGAUAGACAACUUGUUUGAAUAUACAUUAUAAGAAACUGGAAACUCCAUAUUCCAAGCAAGCAUCAGCAACCCUGGAUUAAGAUAGAAGAUUCCCAGCAGACUCCAAACUUCCCCAUCACAUGCAGGAAUAAACCACCUGCUAUUGGAAAAACUAGCAGAAAACUUGCUCUUUUUGGAAAAUAGCACUUACAAAGACCUAAAUUAUGCAACCCCUUGCAGAUCAGUUUGAAAGAAGAACCAAAGCAUUUCACCUUCUAAAGGAGGUGACCUAACAGAAGAAGUAGCCAAGGAUUUUGAGGACAAAAUACAAGAUCAGUAGCAGUGUAAAAUACAAGUCCAAGACUUGUUAUCACUAUGAUAGCAACAAUGAUUUACAAAGGCUUAUCUCAUACAGUCUGCUAACAAAAACAGUUUGUUUUACUGCUAACAGUAAAACAGUUUGAGGACAAGGGGAUGGAGCAUUUCUUCCUUAAUUUUACAAAAAAGACAUAUCACCAACUGUCUUAAGCCUCUUCUUUAAACCUAUUUUUCAAGACCAGUGAAGUAAAACAUUAAAGUUGUAAGUAAAUAGAGAAAAUGUAGCAAAGUUGACAGCAAUGACUGAGAUUUAUUUCAGAUUCCAUGGAAACUUGACUGGUCGUAUUCACUUUCCAACUCCAGCUACAGAAGUAAACAAAAAAGCAGAUGAAUAUUCUGGUCUCUAUGUGUAUGUGGGAUUGUUCUUAACACUUCUGGUUAUCCUUCUCAUAUUGCUUUUCACUAUGCUUUUGCGCCUGAAGCAUGUUAUUUCUCCAGCCACCACACCUUCAGAGAGCACUGAGAAUGCCCAACAAUUCUCAGAUGUGGAAAUGCACUUCAGAAUUCCUACCAUUUAGAGACCCCGAGGAAAAGAGGUGGUGAAAGGAACUUCUGCCCACCUAUAUGAGCCCUAUAACUUACUGCAAAACCAUCAACAGCAGCAGAGAAUACCUGGUGUCAUGAACUGAGACACUGACUGGCCAGGACUCCUCACUGGCUGUUGACCAGGCAACAUGUGUGCAAGAUCCUCAAAAAAAUUUACAUUAUGAAAGACACUACUGUCAGACUCAUAUUCCUUGCAGAAUAUGAUAAAAAGUGUAAUCAGGAAAGCCAAAACACAUAGAAAUGCAUACCAGAACGUGUGCUGGAGUCUGUAUUAGCUGUCCUAUUUCUCUGCCUUUAAAUUCUUUACCUGAGAAGAGACUAUUCAAAGUUAGGAGAUGUAAGUGCAAAAAGUCUACAGGGCACAUACAGAAAUAACUGGUGAUCUGGAAAUUCUCAGACAUUUCCCCUAUUUAAGAAUGAUAAUAUUAAACAUCUUUCGUACUUGAAUUUAAUUAAUUCUAAUUAAUUGAUUAUUAACCCAGCUAAGACACAUGGCUGCUAUGUUAGUUAGUGACACUUAAGUGUAAUGAAAACAUGUGCAGAUUAAAUUGGCUUGGUACAAUUUAUGCAUUCAGCUAUCAGGGUGCAGUCUAGCCCAGUGUCAACAUCCAGCUUGCUUUGCAUAACCUCUCAGUUUACCUGACGCUCCAUUUGAAACCCGUAAUUCUUUUAUGAUUCAAAUACACUUUCAUACCAGAUCAGCAACUAAAACAUUAGCCUUCCAGCACACUGACUCUGGAAAAGCUUUAUUUACGAGGAGUUGGAAAGAUUCAAACAUUAACAAAAAAAUAUCAAGCCUACUAAUGAAAAAUGACAGUACCAGAGUCUGAGUUUGCUCAUGGCUCUGAUCACAGACCCUAGGAAUAAGAGUCAGGACUAGGUUUUUGCCCUGUUAAUUCAGAAGAGUCUGGAGUGGAUAUGAGUGGGCAAUUAGGAAUGUUAACUGUAACUUCUGUUCUGCAUGGAUUUGCUGGAACUGAAAAUAUCACAUCCAUACCACUUCAUUUCACCAGUUUGUUUCCUUCUCAUUAAUCUACUACCAAAAAAUUCAAUUAAAACAAUAUAAAAAUAAAGAGGGAUAUAUCAAACAA